CCCGCCCGGUCGCCGCCGUCGCGAUGGAGGCGGCGGAGACCCCGGGCCUCGGCGGGGUCUCGGCGGCGGGCAGGCCGGCCCGGUACAGCACAGGCACGCGGGAGUUAGUGAGAGGGAUGAUGGAGGAGUUGCAGAUGACGCAUUCCCAGAAGCGAUACCUGAUGCAGUAUGUGACACGCGGAGAUGCCCUGCCCGUUCAGAGAUUCCCCCCAUCCAGCCAACAGCCAGUGCCUGUUCCCCACGCAGCAGCCUGUCAGCCGGGCAGGCUUCCAGCUAGACCGCUUCUCCGACCUGCCAAGGUCUGCCAGGCAGGAGAUGCCUACACCCGAGAGAAAUUCAAGCCACAGCCCACAAGAGAUUUGGAAAAGGAGAAGAGAAGACUUCAGAAGAUCUUAGCAUUAGGGAAGGAUGAGGCAGAGGACAAGGUGGAGCAGGUGUUUGUUCGGAAAAAGGAAGAGGAGAUAGCUGAGCCUGACCGGUUUGAGGAAUUGAUGAAUGAAAUUCAAGAGAGGAGGGAAUUCCUGGCGGAGAUGGAAGGUCUAGGACAGGGCAAGAAGUAUCAAGGGAUCGUCCUCACUGAAAUCUCCCAGAAAUUGCAUGAGAUGGAGAUCAUUGACAAGAAGAGAAGCGAGGAAAUGAGAAAUAUCAUGACAAAAGCCUUCCCUGUUGGGAACAAAUCCAAUCUCCAAGACUAGGCCAAGGGCAAAACACAGGUGCAAUUUGUUCCCACCUAUUCUUCCCAGACUCUGGGCAUCGGAGGCUGGUCCUGUCUGUUUCCAAAGAGGGGGCAGCACCAUCUGUUGCCUGAAACUAGAAGGCAGGACCAAUUUGUACAUACACAGUGACAGAAGUUGUAAAAUCCUUCCCACACACUGGAUCCCUUCUUGCUCAAUAAUAUUAAAGACAUGAAAACACAGAGCAAUGGCUCCCAAAACAUGACAAAGCAGAGCUUUCUUUUUCCUCUGCAGCGCCUCAGAGUAGAGCAAUCCAUCCACAGAAAUGUCAU